AUGCCACCAAAGAAGAAUAAAGGAUUUAAGUCUGGUGAUCUCGGUAAGAGUAUCAUGAAAGCCAGAUUCGGUGCUGAUGCGCGCAAAUGGCAGGCAGAUGGUUGGGUGCAUACAACCGAACUGCCUGACGGUUACAAUUGGGAUAAAGGUCUUCAAUCCGUUACCGAUGCGAAUGAUCUGGAUGAGUUUCUGCAAACUGCGCAGCUGACCGGCCAGGAAUUCAUCGGCGAACGA